UACCUAUUACGUGAUAUUUGUCACUUUGACAGAUUUGACAUUAGUCAGGUUUCAAAAGGGUGUCGAUCCGCUAAGCCUCUAUAUUAUAAAUUACUUUGUUAAUUUCUAACUAAUCGAAAAUGGCUCUUGCUGUCCGAAGUGUAUUGAGAACUGUCUCGAGGAGGCUCCAAGCCCGUACCUAUGCAGAUGCACCAAAAGAGGGAGAAAUGGCCUUCACUUUUGCAGCGGGCAAUAAAGUAUUCUAUGACAAGCAGGUUGUAAAACAGAUUGACGUGCCAUCAUUCAGUGGAUCUUUUGGUAUCCUACCAAAACAUGUUCCCACUUUAGCCGUUCUACGACCCGGUGUUGUCACUGUACUUGAAAAUGACGGAAAACAGAAUAAGAUAUUUGUUUCAUCGGGGACCAUCACAGUGAAUGAUGAUUCGUCAGUCCAAGUACUGGCGGAGGAGGCUCAUCCCCUGGAGAAUUUGGACCGUGCUGCGGCUCAAGAGGCGCUCAGUAAGGCACAGUCUGAACUCAACAGCGCUGCUAAUGAACAGGCCAAAGCGGAGGCUGCCAUUGCUGUUGAAGUAGCUGAAGAAAUCGUGAAGGCCGUGUCUGCGUAAUUUUUGUCAAGUGUUUGAAAGUGUACUAAAAAAACAUGUAUUUAAUGAUACCAGUAACAUAAUAAAAGAUCGUUUCCUUAGUGUA